GGCAUUAAACAGUGGUCUUCCUGUUGUUGGGAUUCCCUUUAUUGUGGACCAGGAGUACAAUUGUCUUAAACUUGCGGACAGAGUCAAAUCAGCCAAGUUUGUCAAGUUGAAAACUAUUACGAGUGAACAACUACAAAGUGUAAUGGAAGAGGCUAUAAAUGAUAAAACAUACAGAGCAAAUGCAAUGAAAGCCACAUCAAUAUAUCAUGACCAACCCAUUGAUCCAAGAAAUAAAACAUUGUUUUGGAUUGAGUAUGUCAUUCGCCAUAAAGGAGCAGCACACUUGAGAUCAGCUGGGGAAAAUCAGCUGAACUUUUUUCAAUAUUAUCUUCUCGACAUAGCUGGAUUAGUUGCAGUCAUUUUGUUUACUGCUUUGAUAAGUUUGACUGUGAUCCUGAAAGCAGUAAUUAAUUGCUUGCUAAAAAUUUUAAAACAUAAAAAGGACUAAUUCACAUUUUAAAGACAACUCCAGUUAUUAUCGAUGAUAAACUAAAAUGGAAUGAACAUAUUGCUCAUGUAUCUUCCAAAAUAUCACAAGUAGUUGGAAUUUGUAACAAGGUCAAAAAUAAGAUAAAUCAUACUGCAAUGAUAUCUAUUUAUUACUCUCUCAUAUAUAGCCAUAUAAAUUAUUGUAUUCUUAUCUGGCAAACAGCAACUAAAGCUUUAUUGUUUCAAAUUCUGAAUGUACAAAAAAGAUUCUUUAGACUGAUUACAAACAGUGCUAGAACAGACGAUUCCUCUCAACAAUUUAAGAAAAUAAAGAUACUUUGAUUAGAAGAUAUUCACAAGCUAAAUGUUGGUAUUUUUGUAUUUAAUUGUUACAAACGACCAAAAGAAUUUCCUCA